AUGUAUGCAGGCAAUCAUAUGGCGGAACUGGAAUAUCUGAUCUUUGAAGCUCAGAUUCGAAUUAUAAUGCGCUUUUUCAUUUGUUCAGUGGCAAUCGUUGCUCUGAUUCCUUGCGUUCAAGCAGCGCUAAAAUGUCCACCAGUAGUGGCACCGCUCGGUGGAAAGACCACAUUUACUGGAGUCGCCUAUGAAGGGACCAGUGUUACGGCAACAUGCUCGAAUGGAUUGAUAAUGAAUGGGGAGGGAGGUUCUGUACAAGUUCUCGAUGCUUCGGUAAAGUAUCACGGAUUCGGGAUUGUAUGGACCACGUGUGCCAGAGCUUCCACUCUUACCUGUACCAACGGUCAAUGGGUGCCACCAACGUUCGGUAUCUGUACCGCGAUACCGGGAUUCGGAGGAGCUUCUGGACUUCGGAAAGCCCAAUGCCUUCCUAUGCUGCAGCCAUUGGGUGCAACACUAGCAUACAGCAGUGGUGAGACCAGUACUGCACUGGCUGGCCUACAGGAUCACGGAACAACUGUAACGAUGAGAUGUAAUAGUCCCAACUCGCUUGUUUCAGGUCCAUCCGUAUCAUCAUGCGUGAAUGGUCAAUGGGCGCCGCCCACUCUUGGAGUAUGCACCCCCAUCAACGCAUCGCCUAUCGGUGCCGGUGGAACCGUCAUAAGUGGCUUGUCGACGAACACGCCUUGUGCCUUAGGCGUUGUCCCACCAGUGAAUAGCCAUGUCAUCUACAGUUCGUCAGAAGUUCCAUAUCCAGAAGGAUCCACUGCUACCAUGAUAUGCAAUCCUGGAUAUAUUGCAAGUGGACCAUCGGUGGUCUCUUGUCGAAAUGGUCUUUUCGGUCUUCUGGGAACGUGCGUCCGAACUACUGGUUAA